UGAACAAUUCAUUCAGUGUAUGUGUGUGUGCGGGCGAUUUUAAGGGCAAGGCCGCGCAUUGAAAAAUAUGGAGAGUUUUGAAAUGUGGCUGGCGAAACUGACGUGCGCAGGAUAAUUUUCUACAGGAGAUACCAGUCAUGGAUUUGUCACAGGAAUAUGAUGAUGUGGAAAUGUUAACAAAAGAGGGCAGCACAGAGGUCACCAAACGUAACAUCAGCAGGGCCAUCGUCAAGUACCAAGAAGCUUAUGAGAUUGCUAAGACAUCAGGGAAACAUGAGGUCCUCAUCUCGUGCGCUUGUAACCUUGGAGCAGCGCUUCUGUCACAGGGCGAUGCGGAUCAAGCGAUCAAACACUUAGAACAUGCAUUGAAAACCGUGGAGGCAGAAAAACUGCCGAAAACUGAAACACUAAGUGGGGACAUUCUGUUUAAUCUUGGACUUGCUUAUUCCAUGAAAGGAGACUUUCAGGGUGCAUUGCGAUACUUCACUAAUGCGGCUGAUGUCUUCAGGGAAUGCUCCGAGUUCAGGGGGUUUGCCGAUUCUUGCCAACAACUAGGAGAGCAGUAUGUGAAGCUUUCCCAACCUCUGAAGGCGGCAGAGUGUUUUCGUGAUGCCGGGAAAGGUUAUCUUACCUCGGGGCGUGUUUUCUUGGCUGGGAGGAUGAUGCUUCGUCAGGCAAAGAAUCUUCACGACGGAGGGAAAUCAGAGAAGGGCCUUGGUGUGCUUAAAGACCUAGACAAAUUGUAUUCAAAGAUUCAAGACGCUAACACUGACUCAGGAAAAUUAGCCAAGCAAUUCUGCGAUGCGGGAUCCCUCCUCUUUCAACUCCGAUCACCCAAGAGUGCCUCUGUUUGGUUACAUCGAGCCCUGAAUAUGCUGAGAUCAUCACAGGAAAGUGGAAGGGGGAAUGAGAAACUCGAAGCCAGGACUCUGCUAACUCUUGGGGAAACGUCUAGCGCCCUCGGAGACUUCACUAAAGCAGUGGCAAUCAAUAAAGAGGCAUCGGCAUUGUAUGGAAAACUGGAGAACAAGAAAGCUAGAGGGCAGUGUUUCUAUCAACUGGCUGAGGCUUACAGGCAUCUAGGAGAUCAUCAUAAUGCUGAGAAGUAUUACCACAUUGCUUACCAGACACUAGAAGAUGCAGGCCUUCAGAGUUUCCUCUGGCAAGUUUUGGAGGGGCUGGCUGACCUGAAUUAUCAGCGCCGUCAACUGGAUACGUCGAUUUCCUACUACAAGGAGACGAUCGGCCAACUCAGUCAGCGAGGCGCGCAUCCCUCUAUCCAGCGUCAGAUUGUCGCUAAACUAGCCACCGCCCUGGAGGUCCAGAGAGUUGGUGUGGUCAAGGCGGAGUCCUACAAGAACAGGGUGCCUGUCUUAGUUGAACCGGAGAAGGAUCUAAUGGGACCUAUGGCAAGCCUGCAUGGUUUGCCUUCACCAGAGAUCCCGCUCAUACAAUCCCCAAUCUACGCACCGUUAACAUCCACCAGACUUAGCCUGUACUCCAGCUUUGAUCAAAGCCUGGACAAUCAAGGCAAGUUGGAGGUGCCCGGGAAGAAGAAAAAAAGGAAAUCAAAGAGGAAAGGCCGCAGACGAAGCGGGUCGUUUGAUGAGCCAGUCACAAAGGGCGUAGGCGAGUACGACACCGAGACAGACAUCUCAUUGAUUGGUAGGAGAUCCUCACGUAAGGCCAAGAGACCACGGACGUCUGAGCGUAGUAAACUAGCCGGGCUUGAGAGUGAAGAAAGAGGGAAGACAGCCGAGUCCAACAAGUCAGCGCCAAGGAGACUUCUCUCUCAUAUCAAAGGAUUGGAAAUUGAGGAGGAUGGCGCGGCACCGACUGUUUCCAGCAUUGAUGAUUCAACCCAGAUGGAAUCAUCUCCCACGGCCAGGCGUCCCAGGGUCAAAGGAUUCAACUCGACCUCCUUCUCCGAUAGCGACCCAGUCAUCAAGAGAGGGCGCUCUGCGAGCCAAACAUUCAUUACGGACGAGGAUUCCUCAAGUUCUACCAGCGAUGGUGAUGAUGACAGUGACGAUGAUGAUGAUGAUGAUGACAGUGAUGAUCAAGAAGGUUCCUCAUUCACCGAUGUAACAAGCGAAGAGGAUGCAACAGGGAGUUCAUCUGGAGAUGAUUCUGAUAAUUCGGAUGAGUUGACGCAUUUAGAUGGAAGUCUAAGGCGGGGACUAGGCAACACAUAUGAACAUCCCUCAUCCAACGAGCCCAUGUACGCAACAAUUAAAUCAAGAAAACUAUCAUCUAGUCAAGGUGAAGACAGACUAUACGAGUCCUUAAACAGCACAGCAUCCACAGCGCUUCUAACCUCAACGAUACCAAAGCGAACAGCGCCCUCUAUUCCCAGCCCACCUGAGCCUCCUAGCGGACCUCGUCCUUCACAGAGGGGUAACCAUAGUAACGAUCAAACGUACGAUGAGCUGGAACCCGCUAGGACGUCGUGGGGUGGCCCCAAGUACCCAGAAUCCUCGGUUCUGAAUACCAUGUCUAGGGGUCAAAGGGAGAAGGGUCUGUACGAAGUCGCGAGGCUGGAACAGGAACGGAAGGCCAUCGACUCCAGGAGUAGUUUGUCAUCAGCAACGAGUGAAGCCAAAGUGCCCAAAUCAAGGGCUUGUAUUGUAAUGUGAGAGAUGUUUGCACAAGAUGAUGAAGCAGACAUAACCGGGGGACACAAAGUCAUCAACAACUGUAGGUGAACUAGUGAGCGAACUUAAUGACUUGUGCAUUGUCAUUUGUAAGAAAUUGCUUAGAGUCAGACAAAGUAGGCUAGAAGGUUUCGUAUCGGGUCACCUGACUAUUAG